GUAGAAUCACACGCACAAAAUUCAAGAUCAUAUAAGCUGUUGUACCACCAUUUUGAAGUUAUUCCAUUGCGUGUGUGCUGUGAACAACACAUCAAUCACGAGACCUAACGGAUUGAUGUACGCAUGAGCAUCCUAGCGUUGGUGCUGCAGGAUCAAGGGAAGUACGAGACUGCAGAGGGGAUGAGCCGGCAAGCGUUGGAGGUGAGAGAGAAGGCGUUGGGGAACGAGCACCCCUCUUCGCUGACCAGAGUGAGCAACCUGGUUGCAGUGCUGCGGGAUCAAGGGAAGUACGAGGCGGCGGAGGAGAUGGAUCGGCGAGCGGUGGAGGGGGGUCUCAGCAUGCAGGUCCUGGUGCCCCCGUUUCCUGCCCCGCUUCCCUGCAUCAGGAUCGCCGCUCCGUGCCCGGCCUGGUGGAGGCAGUAGAUUGACUUCGAGGGGUUCUUGGAGCAUGGCAGUGCUCGUCGUUGACCAGAGUCGCUAGAUGCUUGGGAUGGGCCUCAGACUCUGCUAGGCUCAGGGGGUCUGUAGAAGACACUGUUUAAGAUAUAUUCCG